AUGUUUUCAUCAGUCUUUCUUUCUUUCUUUCUUUCUUUCUUUCUUUCUUUCUUUCUUAGUUUUGUCUUUGUUCUUUUCACAAUACUUACAUUCGUAUUUCUUUCUUUUUAUUGGAUCCCGCUAAUUUUUCGUUUGAUCCUUUCUUUCUUUCUUUCUUUUUUCUUUUUUUUUUGUCUCUUACUCUUUUUCUUUUCUAUCCUAGUUUUAUUUCUUUCUAUCACUUUAUAUUUCUUUCUAUCGUUAACUUUUCUUUCUUUUCUUUCAUUCUUUCUUUCAUUCAUUCUUUCUUUCUUUCUAUUGUUUCUUCUAUUUUUUAAUGAUUUUACUUCUCUGUUUGUUCAUCAUUCACGUUUCCUCCGCUUCCUUUUAUUGUCAACCGUUCCUUUUCUUUCUUUCUUUCUUUAUUUCUUUCUUUCUUUCUUUCUUUCUUUCUUUCUUUCUUUCUUUCAUCCGAUUUCAUUAUUUCUUUCGUUUUUCUGUCUUUCUUUCUUUCUUUCUUUCUUUCUUUAUUUCUUUUCUUUUUUGUCAUUCUUUUUUUUCUUUUUUUUUUCUUUUAUCGUUUUGUCCAUUAUUGGUUCCUUUCUGUCGUUUCUUCCGUUUUCUAGUUCUUUUACUUCUCUGCUUAUGCGUCGUUCGCGUUCCGUUCACUUCCUUUUAUUAACAAUCGUUCUUUCUUUCUUUCUUUCUUUCUUUCUUUCUUUCAUUCUAUCUUUUUUCUUUCUUUCUUUCAUUCUUUCUUUCUUUGUUUUUUCCUUGUGUCUUUCUUUCUUUUUUCUUUCUUUCUUUGUUUUCCUUCUGUCUGUCUUUCUUUCUUUCUUUCAUUUAUUCAUUUUAUUAUUCUUUCUUUCUUUCUUUCUUUUUCCUUCUGUCUUCCUUUCUUUCUUUUCCCUUUACUUUUAUCUCUUUCUCCCUAUUUCUUUGACUUUCCUCUUUAAUGAACACUUUUUUCCCCUUCACCAAUACCCUUUUAGCAGCCUCUUUUUUUCUCGUCUCUAUUUAUUCUUUCUUUCUUUCUUUCUUUCUUUCUUUCUUUCUUUCUUUCUUUCUUUCCAGCCUUAUACUUUCUUUCUUUCUUUCUUUCUUUCUUUCUUUCUUUCUUUCUUUCUUUCUUUCUUUCUUUCUUUCUUUCAGCCAUUAUACUUUCUUUCUUUCUUUCUUUCUUUCUUUCUUUCUUUCUUUCUUUCUUUCUUUCCAGCCUUAUACUUUCUUUCUUUCUUUCUUUCUUUCUUUCUUUCUUUCUUUCUUUCUUUCUUUCUUUCUUUCUUUCCAGCCUUAUACUUUCUUUCUUUCUUUCUUUCUUUCUUUCUUUCUUUCUUUCUUUCUUUCUUUCUUUCCAGCAUUAUACUUUCUUUCUUUCUUUCUUUCUUUCUUUCUUUCUUUCUUUCUUUCUUUCUUUCCAGCCUUAUUCUUUUCUUUCUUUUCUUUCUUUCUUUCUUUCUUUUCUUUCUUUCUUUCUUUCUUUCUUUCCAGCUUUAUACUUUCUUUCUUUUUCUUUUUUUUUUCUUUUUUUUUCUUUCUUUCUUUUCUUUCUUUCUUUUCUUUUUUUCAGCCUUUUCUUUCUUUCUUUCUUUCUUUUUUUUUUUCUUUCUUUCAUUCUUUCUUUCUUUCGUUUAA